AUGGCUCCUAAGGUCCGUGCUGCUCCUCAAGAGGUUUCCCUCGGCCCCAACGUUGGUGAGGGCGAGCUCGUCUUCGGCGUUGCUCACAUCUUCGCCUCGUUCAACGACACCUUCGUCCACGUCACCGAUAUGUCGGGCAAGGAAACCGUCACCCGCGUUACUGCUGGCCCUGUUCCUUUUGCACCACCACCUUUGCCUUUGCAACAGUGCCGGCCUGACCAUUCUCCGACGCAUCUGACGUCCUUGCCCGUCUCUGCUCGCAUCCCCGCCCUGACCUGCGCACCGUAUCUGCCUAUUUCGACGUUCAACGCUCUCCGAUAA